UUUUGAGGUACAGGUGACAAAGCUCCACCUGGCAGCAGUGUUGUGUCUGGACUGUCGAUAGAGGUGGUUCGUGGCUGGAGCUCGCUCACAACUUUGCACAGUGACACCAGCGCCUGGACCGGCACCAUGGCAACAGAUGUAAAACAUCCCCCUCCCUUCACUAUUCCAGUUGACGCACCUGCGCCCUACAGUCUGCAUACGCCAUUCCACCUUGUGGCCACAGAGACCAUCACACCCGUCGUACCAGUGAGCAAAACAACCGUGACCAGUUACAACACAGCGCUGGGUUUUCAUUCUGGCAUGACCACGUGCCCCUCCUGCCAGCAGCAAGUCAUGACCAAUGUCUCUUACAAACCGGGGAAAUAUGCCUGGCUGAUGACUCUCCUCUUCUUCUGCCUCGGGUUGGUGCUGUGCUGCUGCCUGCUUCCCCUAUUCUUCAAAAGAUUCAAGGAUGCGCACCACACGUGCCCCCGUUGCAAUAGACUGCUGCAUGUGGAGAAGAGGAAAUGCUGUGACUGAGCCCCGCCCGACACACAUAUACACACACACUGGUCAAAAUAGAUACAUCCCCACUCACCCCCUGCACCAAAUUGAUAACAACAAAGUCACUUGUUUCUAUGGGUGAACCGGUUUGAGCUGGCAUGGUUUUUCCAUCUUAAACAAUGGUGCAAUCCCAUUCAUCCAUGCACUUCUUCCUCCUGUUUACAGCAACAAAGUCUCCUCGAUUGUUUAGCUCGGACACCAUUGAUUAUCAUAUACAUAGUUCAAAUGAAGGAUUGUACAUACCAUUUAAGCAUAUUAAGUGUUUGAAGGGAUCAAUCAUGUCAAAUUGAAAAGUGGAAAUUGUCGUGUUUGUGCCACAAUGCAACAGAGUCAGCGAUUGAAUGAGUGUAUGUCUUUCUUUGUGAAGAAAUUAAAACUGAUAAAAGAUGUCAUGGGCAGCACAAAGUUUGACCCCAA